UCCACCAAAAUGCGUGAAGCUAUCUGCAUCCACAUCGGUCAGGCCGGUGUCCAGAUGGGCAAUGCCUGCUGGGAAUUAUUCUGUUUGGAACACGGCAUCCAGCCGGAUGGUCAGAUGCCCUCCGACAAGACCAUCGGUGGCGGUGACGACGCCUUCAAUACCUUUUUCUCUGAAACUGGUGCCGGCAAGCACGUCCCGCGUACCGUCUUCGUCGACUUGGAGCCCACCGUGAUCGAUGAGGUCCGCACAGGUACCUACCGUCAGUUGUUCCACCCAGAACAGUUGAUUUCCGGUAAGGAGGACGCCGCAAACAACUUUGCCCGUGGUCAUUACACCAUUGGUAAGGAAAUUGUUGACUUGUGCCUGGACCGCAUCCGUAAGUUGGCCGACAACUGUACCGGUCUGCAGGGCUUCCUGAUCUACCACGCCGUCGGUGGCGGUACCGGUUCCGGUCUGGGUUGCCUCAUGAUGGAGCGUCUGUCCGUCGAUUACGGCAAGAAGUCCAAGAUCUCCUUCACCGUGUGGUGCUGCCCCCAGGUCUCCACCGCCGUCGUGGAGCCGUACAACACUGUGUUGUGCGUCCACUCCUUGUUGGAGCACACCGAUGUCACCAACCAGGUCGACAACGAAGCCCUGUACGACAUCUGUCGUCGUAACUUGGACAUCGAGCGUCCCACCUACACCAACUUGAACCGCCUGGUCGCCCAGAUCAUCUCCUCGCUGACGGCCUCCCUGCGCUUCGAUGGCGCGCUGAACGUGGAUAUCACUGAGUUCCAGACCAACUUGGUGCCGUACCCGCGCAUCCACUUCAUGUUGACCUCGUACGCGCCGAUUAUCUCUUAUCCACAAAAAAAAGCCCAUCCCCAUCCAAUUUGUCAUGCAAAACAUAAAAAAUCCUAAUGUAAUCCUAUGCUUGUGGUCAUGCAAAAAGUGGAUGGGGAUGGGUCUUUUUCUGUGGAUAUCUCUGCUGAGAAGGCCUACCACGAGCAGCUGUCCGUGGCCGAGUUGACCAACUCUGUCUUCGAGCCGGCCUCAAUGAUGGUCAAGUGCGACCCCCGUCACGGUAAGUACAUGGCCUGCUGCCUGAUGUACCGUGGUGACGUCGUCCCGAAGGACGUGAAUGCCUCGGUCGCUACCAUCAAGACCAAGCGCACCGUGCAGUUCGUCGACUGGUCCCCCACGGGCUUCAAAUGUGGUAUCAACUACCAGCCGCCCACCGUCGUCCCGGGUGGCGACUUGGCCAAGGUGAUGCGCGCCGUGUGCAUGAUCUCCAACACCACCGCCAUCGCGGAGGUGUUCUCCCGUAUCGACCACAAGUUCGAUCUCAUGUACUCCAAGCGCGCCUUCGUCCACUGGUACGUCGGUGAGGGUAUGGAGGAGGGUGAGUUUUCCGAGGCCCGUGAGGAUUUGGCCGCCCUGGAGAAGGACUACGAAGAGGUCGGCAUCGAGACGGCCGAGGGAGAAGGUGAGGAGGAAGGCUACGGUGACGAGUUCUAA